GUGACAGUGACGUGUUUCAUUUAAAAAAAAUCUCAUUGUUUGUUGUCUUAAAUUCGUCGUCAUUUCAUUAUUGCAUCAUGCAAAAGAAGGAAAAUUUCUGCGACCAUAAGUACAACGUGGAUUUCAUUAACGCCGAACUCGAGCACAUAUCGAAUAACAUCGAGUCCGUUAAAAACCUGAAGACCAACACCAUCGAGGAAAUCGAAGCGUUAAAAUUGAAAUUGAGACAUGAAAACCCUGCUCGUUGCGUCGUCAACCAAAGGGAAAUUAUCCUGGAAGAGCUGGAUCAGGACACCAGUUUGAUACAAAACCGAUGCGAUUUCAUUUGCAACGACUUGAAACGCCUCAAAUCCUACAUCGACGACCGGCUCAUACUGAUCAACAAAAAUGACUUCAUCAUGAACCUGCUCAACUACAAGCUCUACGAGGUCGAGUUCAACUUCUCCAGGAAAAUCAAACAACUGCAAGAGAUCAAAAAGCAACUGGAAAACUCCGACAUCAGUCCCAGCAACGAGUCCAAAAUCGCCAUGAGGUUCAUCGAGAACGAGAAGAAGAUCACCGAUUGCGAGACCAUGCACGAGCAACGCCAUUUCAGCGUCAGGCAGCAGAUGCUCGAGGCCCAGCUGGCGUACGAGAAAUCCGUGAACAUCUUGGACGAAUGCGUGGACGUGAUGAAGAAGAACUUCAACACGUUGAUGGCGCUGAUGUCGGCGUACAACGAGCACACGCGCGGCCACUCCAACUUGGAGAACAUCCUCGAGAUCGACGAGAUCAGGGGCGCGCUGGAGAAUUGCAAGCAAAUGUCGUCGAGCGGCUGGCGGGAGGCGCCGCAAAACAUCACAGAUUUCGCUGUGGCUCACGGCUUGAGAUUCACGGAGGACGGUCUGAUGAUCACGGAGAGCGGAAGGGAAAUCACCUACAGCGAAGCGGUCGAGAAGAAAAUGCUGGACAAUGUUAAAUUGGUCGAUUUGUUCAGAUCGCUUACCAACGUAGGCGUUCAAGGGGAAGCCGCAUCCGAACAUCAAUCCGAAGAAACCACUACCAGCGAAGAAGAAAAAAUGGUAUCCGAAGAUGUUUGUUACCUCAAAGAAUGCUUGGGGGUUCCUCUCACGCUCGCUUUGGCCGAAAUAACUGCAGUCCAACCGAGAGACCCCAUCCAUUACCUGGGCCAUUGGUUGUUCAAAUACCGCUACAACGAAGAGAUGACGGAGAAGCAAACCAACGAAAUCAACGAAUUAACUAACGAACGCAACCGCAUAGCGCAAGAAAAAUGGAAAAAGUUCCUGGAAGAAGAAGCCAGGGCGGCCGUUAUCGAUAUGAUUGUCAAAGCCGAAGAAGAGGCUAUCCGCAACGAGCUGAGGCGAAUGGAAUUGCAACUGGCCGAAGCGGAGGAAAAUUACGACGAGGAAGACACCCAACCGUCUAUAAUGAUGGAUUUCUAAGCAAUCCCACGUUCGAUUCGAUUCAAUUUGUCCUGUUCCUUAUUGAACGAUAUGUGCGCUCAAUUAAAUUGAAAUUCACGUUAAUAAUAAUUUUUUAUCGAAUUAA